AUGGAGAGCGCUUUCGCGAAGCCAGUUGGCGAUGUCCUCGCCAACUUCAGCGUUAAUGAGACCGCUGGUCUGAGUGACACGCAGGUCACUGAAUUACGCAACAAACAUGGGCGCAACUCCAUUCCCGAGGAGCCUCCCACCCCCCUUUGGGAGCUUAUCCUUGAGCAAUUCAAGGAUCAGCUCGUUAUUAUCCUUCUCGGUUCCGCCGCUGUCUCCUUCAUCCUGGCCCUCUUUGACGAGGAAGAAGGUUGGAGUGCCUUUGUCGACCCUGUUGUCAUUCUUACUAUCCUCAUUCUCAACGGUGUCGUCGGAGUCUCCCAAGAGAGCAGCGCUGAAAAGGCCAUUGCCGCCUUGCAAGAAUACUCGGCCAACGAGGCCAACGUGGUUCGAAAUGGUGGUCAUGUUUCACGAGUCAAGGCCGAGGAGCUGGUUCCUGGCGAUAUCGUUACUGUCUCCAUUGGCGAUCGUAUUCCUGCCGACUGCCGAGUCGUCUCUAUCGAAAGCAACAGCUUCUCUGUCGACCAGGCAAUUCUUACCGGAGAGAGUGAGAGUGUCGGAAAGCGCGCUUCUGAGGUUGUUGACGAUGAUAAGGCAGUCCUGCAGGACCAGACCAACAUGUUGUUCUCUGGAACAACUGUUGUUACUGGUCGCGCCCGAGCUGUCGUCGUUCUUACUGGCGCCAGCACUGCUAUUGGAGAUAUCCAUGAGAGCAUCACUGCUCAGAUCUCGGAGCCCACCCCCCUGAAGCAGAAGCUUAACGAUUUUGGUGACAGCUUGGCCAAGGUCAUUACUGUCAUUUGCAUUUUGGUCUGGCUUAUCAACAUCCCCAACUUCAACGAUCCCAGCCAUGGCAGCUGGACCAAGGGCGCUAUCUAUUACCUCAAGAUUGCCGUCUCUCUUGGUGUUGCCGCUAUCCCUGAGGGUCUUGCCGUUGUUAUCACCACCUGCCUGGCUCUUGGAACGAGAAAGAUGGCUGCUAAGAACGCCGUCGUCCGAAGCCUUCCUUCUGUCGAAACCCUGGGAAGCUGCAGUGUGAUCUGCUCUGACAAGACCGGUACCCUGACCACCAACCAGAUGAGCGUGAGCAAGGUUGUGCAUUUCAACGAGGACGGUAGCGAUCUCUACGAGUUUGAUGUCGAGGGGACUACCUUCGCCCCCCGAGGAGCUAUCAAGGCGAGCGGUGUCGUUGUCCAGGAUCUCCACAACACUUCUGCUACUAUUCGUCAAAUGACCCAGGUUGCCGCCAUCUGUAACGACGCCCAGCUUGCCUACGAUUCUAAAUCUGCUUCCUUCUCCAGCAUUGGCGAACCUACCGAGGGCGCCCUUCGAGUUUUGGUCGAGAAGAUUGGACCCUGCGCUCCCACUGAAACCCGCCCAGAAGACUGUGUUCAUUAUGCCAGCGCUACUUACCAGAAGGAGCUCCCCCGCCUCGCUACGUACGAAUUCUCUCGUGAUCGUAAGAGCAUGUCUGUCCUGGUUGGAAACGCCAAUGAUAAGAAGCUCCUGGUCAAGGGUGCCCCCGAGUCCGUUAUUGAUCGCUGCACACAGACCCUCCUCGGCUCCAACGGCAAGAAGGUUCCUCUUACUAAGAACAUUACAGACCGUCUCUUGAGCGAGAUUGUACGAUAUGGCAACAACGGUCUUCGAGUUAUUGCCCUCGCGAGCAUUGACAACGUGGCCCGGAACCCUCUUCUUCACUCCGCUACUUCUACCGAACAAUAUGCCCAGCUUGAACAGGACAUGACCUUCCUUGGUCUGGUUUGCAUGCUUGACCCUCCUCGAGAGGAGGUGCCCCGCGCUGUUCAGAAAUGCAAGGAUGCUGGUAUUCGUGUUAUCGUUAUCACCGGAGACAACCGCAACACUGCUGAGAGUAUCUGCCGACAAAUUGGCGUCUUUGGUCAACAUGAAGAUCUUACCGGAAAGAGCUAUACUGGUCGCGAGUUUGAUCAACUGUCUCCUAGCGAGCAGCUCGAGGCAGCUAAGCGUGCAUCUCUGUUCUCCCGUGUUGAGCCUAGCCACAAGUCCCGACUGGUUGAUCUCCUUCAAUCCCUCAACGAGGUUGUUGCCAUGACCGGUGACGGUGUCAACGAUGCCCCUGCUCUGAAGAAGGCUGAUAUCGGUGUUGCUAUGGGUUCUGGAACCGACGUAUCUAAGCUGGCUGCCGAUAUGGUUCUUGCUGACAGCAACUUUGCCACUAUUGAAGUCGCAAUCGAGGAAGGACGCUCUAUCUACAACAACACCCAGCAAUUCAUCCGUUACCUGAUCUCUUCCAACAUUGGCGAGGUCGUUUCCAUUUUCCUCACUGCAGCUCUUGGCAUGCCCGAGGCUCUGGUUCCUGUUCAGCUUCUGUGGGUUAACCUAGUCACUGACGGUCUGCCGGCCACUGCUCUGUCUUUCAACCCCCCUGACCAUGACAUUAUGAAGCGCCGCCCUCGCAAGCGAGACGAGCCGCUCAUUGGUGGAUGGCUCUUCUUCCGUUACCUCGUUAUUGGUACCUACGUUGGCCUUGCUACUGUUGCCGGUUAUGCUUGGUGGUUCAUGUACAACCCUGAGGGUCCCCAGAUCUCGUUCCGCCAGCUUACUCGCUUCCACCACUGCUCUACCGACUUCCCUGAGAUUGGCUGUUCCAUGUUCUCCAACGACAUGGCUAAGGCGGGUUCGACUGUCUCCCUGUCCAUUCUGGUUGUUAUCGAGAUGUUCAAUGCUGUCAACGCCCUGUCGUCCAGCGAAUCUCUCCUCACCCUGCCUCUCUGGAAGAACAUGAUGCUUGUUUAUGCCAUCGCUCUGUCCAUGGCCCUGCACUUUGCCCUCCUUUACAUUCCUUUCCUGCAAGGUCUGUUCUCCAUCGUUCCUUUGAACAUAUUGGAGUGGAAGGCAGUUGUUAUCAUCAGUGCUCCUGUUAUACUUCUAGAUGAGAUUCUCAAGCUUAUUGAACGCCAGUUCUUUAUGCAAACAACAGCCGACGUUUCCCUAAAGACAAAGAAAGAGCAAUAG